GAGCAAACGCCCUCACACUGCGACUGCGAGAGUGCAAGGAACCUUAUCUCUCAUAAAGCCUCGCUUGAGUCUCACUCUGAUAAUUGAGGGGUUGUUGAUUUUGAGCUUCUGGCAAAAUGGUGAAGAGUAAGAAGCAACUAUUGUCUUCAGCUCCAUGGAGGGGCGAAGAAGAUGAUAAACCACAAUUUCCAGACGCAAAGCUCAAAGUUACCAAUCAACCCGGCGCCACUCCAACUAUGCACGUCCCUAGCAAGAAGCCUAAGCGUGAUAACGACUUCGAUGACGACGAUGAAUCCCUUGAGCUUGAUCCGGAGCUACGCUACAGCUUUCAGCGCAAUUUCAAGUUUCUUCAACGAGUGUUUAGCAUUGACACACUGGUGAAGCCUCUUCCGCCUGCCAUGGCAUACAAUGCUUCUCGCAACUUGAAUUUCUUCACUCGCAUUUUUACACAAUUCUUUGACCCUGAAGGCAUUGCAAAUGCCCAGAAAUCCCUUGGCAUAGGACAGGAAGAGAAAGCCCGCCGUGUUCGGUGAAAUACAACCGAGUCGGGGAAGGUGAUGAAGAACGGAGAAUGAUGAAAAGAACGCAAUAGUGGCAAUGAAUCCUGCAUUCUGUGACUUAUUUUCACUUUAUUUUAUGACUUUGUGAACAGUCAAAUUAGUUUUGUUUUUGUUAAUUCAGUUAAUGUAACAUUACAAGCUGAGUGGCAUUACAAUUCGGUUAACCCAUUUUCCUUAAAGUGACGUAGUGAGGGAAAUAUAUUAUUGCCCAAAGCGUAAUGUAUGCAAUCUUUGGUUGCUGGUUGUUCUCUCAAAGCAUUGCACUCCAGGAAACACUCAAGUAAAGGUUCCACUGUUGAAGAAUGCUUUCCUGGCCUUGGGAAUA